UCAUCGCCCCCGGCCCCUGCUUACGAACCUUCCAUUGGCGCAUGCGCAGUGGUGCUGAUCGCGGGGCUGCUGGUGGCGCCGGGGGCGGCGGAGCCGAAGCGAUGGGGCAGCGGCGGCGGCAGCCGGGGCGGCGGGCGCCGGGGCGGCAGCGGCGGAGGCGGCAGCACCAGCAGCGGCGGCGGUUGGUGGGGCAAGAGCAGCACCAGCACGGGAAGCCGAACCAGCAACACUGGUAGCAGCAGUAACAGUGACUUCCAAAGUUACGUUCCGAGCGCGCCGAACUACCCGCAGUCUCAUCAGAACAAGCCGACUCAGAGCCAGCAGCAUCCACAGCAGCACUACCCCAGUCAGCACUACCCCAGUCAACAAUACCCCAGUCAACAAUACCCCAGUCAGCACUACCCCAGUCAACAAUAUCCCAGUCAGCACUAUCACAGUCAAUACUACCCCGGUCAGCAGUACUCCAACUUCCAGUAUCCG